CAGGGCCGGCCCCCUCUCCGGGCUGGGUGGGGUGUAGGGGGGGCCGGGGGUGGAGUAGGGUGAAAUAGAGGCGGGCGUGUGUCACCGGGUAGAUACCCGCGGCCAGGUACAGGCGGAGGCACUGACGAUACGGAGUGGAUGCGCUCUGGGCUGGUGCUCCUGGGCAGCGAGCGCACGAGCAGCCACCGCCCGCCCGCCCGCCCGGAGCCGCCCGCGGGUCACUCGCCCUGCGCCGGGGCGGGCAGCCCGUCCGCGCCGCGCCCGCCGCCAGCCCCAUGGCCACCAGGGUGCUGACCAUGACCGCCCGCCUGGGGCCCGUGCAGCAGCCCGAGGAGCCGGUGUUCGCGCAGCUGAAGCCCGUGCUGGGCGCCCGGGAGGCAGCGAUCUUCCCCGGAGAGGACAUGAAGCAGCAGCCGCCGCCGCCGCAGCAGCAGCACCCGGGGGGCGGCGGCGCGAACCUGCCGGCGGAGGAGAUGGUGCAGACGAGAUGUGAAAUGGAGAAAUACUUGGCACCUCAGCUCCCACCCGUUCCCGUCAUCCCUGAACAUAAGAAAUACAGAAGAGACAGUGCCUCGGUUGUAGACCAGUUUUUCACUGACAGCGAAGGGUUGCCUUACAGCAUCAACAUGAACGUCUUCCUGCCCGACAUCAGCCACCUGAGAACUGGCUUGUACAAAUCUCAGCGACCCUGUGUAACCCACAUCAAGACAGAACCAUCUUCAGUCACCAUCUUCAGUCACCAGAACGAAACUACUGCCCCUGCUCCUGCUCCCACUCAGGCCCUCCCAGAAUUUACCAGCAUCUUCAGCUCCCACCAAACUCCUGACGUGAACAACAUUUUCAUCAAGCAGGAGCUUCCUACUCCAGAUGUCCAUCUUUCCAUCACGCCUCAGCAAGGCCAGUUGUAUCAGCUCUUGAGCUCGCCGGAUUUAGACAUGCCCAGCACCACUCCUCAGGCAGCCGUGAUGGACUCCCUCAGCAAUGUCUCCAUGCCCUCAGCCAUGGCGGGCCUUAACACGCUCUCCUCGGCUGUUCCACAGACUGCAAUGAAACAGUUCCAGGGCAUCCCCCCCUGUACCUACACCAUGCCAAACCAGUUUCUGCAGCAGCAGGCCACUUAUUUCCCUCCUUCACCCCCAAGCUCAGAGCCUGGAAGUCCAGACAGACAAGCAGAGAUGCUGCAGAAUUUAACCCCUCCUCCAUCGUACGCCGCAACUAUAGCUUCCAAGCUGGCGAUUCACAACCCGAAUUUACCAGCGACUCUGCCCAUAACCCCCCAGAACAUCCAACCGGUCAGAUACAACAGGAGAAGUAACCCAGAUUUGGAGAAAAGACGUAUCCACUACUGUGACUACCCAGGCUGCACAAAAGUUUAUACGAAGUCUUCUCACUUAAAAGCGCACCUGAGAACUCACACAGCUACAGAGGCCGUCCCUGUUCCUGGAUCCGCGAGGAGCGGAGCUGGGCACGGUGUUGGUUGUAUGGGCGCAGGAGCUGUGAAUGCUGAGGACAGUGGCUGGGAGGUGGAACUGCCCCAGAUGCUCUUCCCAAGUGUUCACCUGCUGAGGCAGGGGGGAGAAGGGCAGAGGGAGAGAAGGAAAAACACAUUGCUCACCACCAGCACGCCUGUUCUUUGCUGGGAUCUUGGUACAGAACCACUCACGCUAAAUUGGUGAAUAGCACAUGACUUGAUUUUGUAAAGAAAUGAAAUGAAAGGACUGUGACUCCUGUAUUUAGAAGUGAGUGUGAACUCCGGUUCUUUUAUGCAUGGGCUUGGAAUCAGAGCAAAACACGAGUCACAGUUCAAGCAACUUUGUUAUUGAAGAGGAGGACUGUGCCAUUCAAGGAGUGAGUUUUCACCUAAGCUUAAAUCAAAGCUUGUCCGGAGCUAUGGUCUAACAAAAUGUUUCACUGUCUCUCUGGAAACAAGGCCUUCUGUUCAGCAGCUAUUAUAAAUGGAUUGUUAGAUUGCUGUAAAGAAUUUGAGUCCAUGAUAAGUGUUACUAAGGAAAUCUUGUUUUCAGAAAUGAAAGUUACUUGUGUUGUACAGUGAAAAAUUAAAAGCGAGUGUAGAAAAUUAUUGUUUUGCAUUAGGGACAGGCUAAGCACCAACGCUGUUAAAAGUAUUAUUAAUAUAUAAUCACUUGCUAGCAGUAAGUUUAGUAAGAAAGGAGUAUUUUCAUGAGGCUGAAAAUCUGAGUAGUGUCAGAGAGUAGAAUCCCAGUUUAAUAAAUCUGUAAAUUUAAGUGUACGAUUUCCACUUGCGCACUUCAGCCAGGAACUAAAUGCCAGUUUUAAAUAUCUUGAUUGCUAUUAUAAAAUAACUAGGAAGAGAGAUAAAAGCAAAGCUUUAGUCUAAACAUUAACACUACCUAGUCAGCAUUUGAAAUGAAUGCUUUUCCUUUUUUAAAUCAAUUUGUAACGUUUUCUGUGCCUUGAGUGGUAAUGACUUCAGGGUUUACAAAGUUAGUUUCUUGUAUGCAUAGAAAUACAUACCUCAUGGCUAGCAUAUAUUGCUUAGGGUCACUAAUGUUUAUUGUUACCUUCACUUUUUUACCUAGAAAUGUGGAUAAAAUGUGCAAAGGUCAGAGGAGCUGAUGUAUUCAUGGAAACAAGAAUGUUGUUUUAGAUAAAAAUCUAGUGAACUUAAGCAGGUCUGUAAUACAAAGGGUCUUCUGGGGAGGUGAAUGAAGGGAUAAACUGUCUAAAGCGUGCAUUACAUGCAAGAAUGUGAGUCCUGUAUCCUGUUACCUGCAGUAUUUCAGAGUUUGGAUUAGUUUAACUCUCCUGAAUAUUCACUUCAUACUUGAAGAUUUCCAGCAGCGAUUCUGAUCUCUGCCUUAACAUACGAUUGAACUGUGUUUCAAGAGCCAGAUCUCUGACUUAAGGUUUGAUCGAUUAAGGAAUGCUAAAGUAAAGGGGUGCAAACUCUCAGGGAAAUCUGUGAAGUUGCUCAGCCUUCCCCAGGAGUGCAAGGGAAUCUUGCUAUUGAUCUCGGCAGGGAUCGAUGCCGAGGGCUAAAUUAGGGGAUGUGCCGUUGUUCAUCCCACCCCCCCAGAACUGUGAAUUAAUACAGCACUAAUAAGUUUUGAUUUUUCAGUUUUAAAACAUUUUUAAAGGACCUUGUGAAGCUUUUACCUUCAAAGUCUAAAGCAAAUGUCACGUAAGCCGUUUUAAUAAAGUUGUGUGUGAUAUUCUUUCAAAUCCCUUCAGGGAUAGCAGACCUGUUUAUCUGGCUAAACCCGUUCUUUAGUAAUCAUGGACCACUGAAGUUAUUCUCUCCUUAUUCUUAGUUUCUUAACAAUACCUUUUAAAAUUGGCUGCAGUCUCUCUCUCAUCCCAACCAGUUCCUGCCCUUCUCAGCAAUCUGUCAUCUUAAAAUAAAAGAGCCUGCAGCAAAGUUUGUCUGCCAUUAAAAGUCAAGACAGACCUCAUGGUUUUCCUUUUGUAUUGGAAAAUCUCAGCCUUUUCACAGUAUUUAUUUAGCAGCCUUUUUCUUCUGAAAAGCUUUCUCUGGGUUUAGUAGAUGAUCUUUGAGAACAAGCCUAAGGGAAAUGUUACUUUUGAUAGGUGGAAUGUAGGCUGUAGUAUAUUUUUUUUUAGUUCAGAUAUGAACAUACUGUCAGAUUUUAUAAAUUGCAUCUAAAAAAAAAAAGUGUAGGAAAUGGGCAAGGGGAAAAUCCCGUAUCUUUUUCUUCUUAGGUGUUCUGGAGCUGUUUACCUUCCACCAGGUCAGGUGGUAUAAAGUGAUAUAGUUAUGCUGAUUUAGUGUAGUUACACUGGACUCUUGCUGUUGAUCAGGAAUCCAGUGUUCCUGCUAAGAGCUAAGAUAGGGUUAUGUGUUUUUGCUGGUUGCCGAAGCAGGCGCACGUUUUUCUUUCCCAAUGUAAUGCUUUACCAUGUGUUAACGAUGAAAUAAAUUUUAGUUGGUAAAUUGGCAACCCCAAAACAGAAUAUGAACAAAGGUUCGAGUGUUGAAAAAAUAGCGAAUGUUGUUUGUCGAUUUCCCUGCUCCAGUUCUGGAGCAGACAUGUAGUACAUUUUGAUACCUUAAAACACUUCAAUGUGAUACCUGAAUUUGAUGUUAGUUACUUCUGAAACAGGUAAAAUGGUUCUCAGUAUUUUAAAGUACCUAUUAGAAAAUCUUUCAAAACAGGUGGAAUUUUUGGCCUUUGAAGCAGAUAGUUUCUUUUAAAAUAAUGUUACCUGUUUGUCAUGGAACAAGUUUUGUUUCGUACACGGCACUGCGCAACUGCUGUAUCUAAUGUAUGAGGGGGUUGUGCAUUUAUCACAGGCUGUUCAGCAGCAAAGCCACCUGAAAGCUCUGGCAUAACAGCCGUAUGUCCAAACUGAAAGGUGUGCCACAUUUCCGGGAAAAGCAGUUACUUGCAUAUUGCAGAUAAACUUCAUUUAGUUCUUCCGGCAUCCAAGUAUAUACACAUAUAUGUCACGUAAUCAUUUAGAAGCAGUGGUCCUAUAAAGUAUCCUUUUAGAUUUCUUUUUAUGCCAAGCAUUUGAAUUGUGGACAUUGACUAUUGACUGUGCAGGCACCUGGAAUGCCAUGCCUGUACACUACCUGUAAUGCUGCAGAGCAGCUGGCUACGGGGUCGGUGGGGAGGUUAAUUAUUUCUGUGAGCAGCUGCACACUUCAGAGUUGUGUAUGUUUUUAAGAGGAAAAUCUGUGAUUGUUUUGGACACAUCAAGGCACGCACAUUGAGGACAUUUUCCAGCUGCGUACUGGUUUUCCGUAUACAGAGUCUUUGUACAGGCAUGUUCUCUGGUCACAUGGUGGGCUUGCCAUUAAUAGUUUCUAGCAUUAACUGCAGAACUAUUUCAUCUCUAUCUAUAGAUCUAGCUUGUAUUUGGUGAUGGGAAGUGGAAGCCGAGAUAACUCAAGAGAAAUGGCAUUUCCCUAAUGAGAUGCACUCAAAAUACUUCCACUGUCCCUGGUUAUUUCAAAUGUUUAUAUAGGCAUGGAACAGCUGCUGACUUGUGCGGUUUGUCAAGGUGUUAAACGUUUUAUUUUAUUUUAGAUCUCUGCCUCAAUAGAUCCAGAAUUAGAACCAGUUGUAAGCAGUAGACUUCAGCAGUCCCUGGGACUUGGUGCUCUCAAUUCACCAUACCUAUGUGGACACUUGUUCAGGGUGGUGUCAUUUGCCCAGGAAUUCAGGAAGAAGCCUGGUUGGGAAGGGAAGACAAGUAGUAGUUGGGCUCCCGCUGGAGGAAAAGCACAUGGGGAAAACAUGUAUGAACUCAAAUCAUACCAAGACUUCGGUGAGGGAUUUUGCUCAUGGUGUGCAAAUGAGGAAUGGAGGCUCCAAAAAACUCUGCCUUGCUCAUAGUUGCAGCCAUAGCAAACCUUAUCCUGAAAUCAUGAAAACAGCAAUUAAGUAAUACUUCUGUGCAGAUCCAGCUUCUUUGGCCUGUUAAAUGGGUGAGUUGCAUAGAUUACACUUUGAGGAGCUGUCAGUAAAUGCCAUCAUUGAUAGAGACCAUAAGGAAAAGUGGAAGAGAGUUAAAGAAAACUGUUGACAAAGUGCAUUAAAGUGCAGUGUUGCUAGACACUGCUGAAGGGUAUGUUAGUAUCUUUUAUUUAUGAAUUCUGCUAAAUCCAUUAGUUGCCUGUGUGAGAAAUGGAAGUACAUUAUUUUCCUGUGCAAACCACAAUUUAAGGGAAAAUAAUGCAUUUUCUUCAAACACUUCAUGAAUGAUCACAGGCCUUGGGAAUAAUUGAUCUGGUUCUUCAUCUGCAGUCAUAAGUAGAAUGGGAAGUGUUUGAAUGUGUUGCUCAAAAGAGGUUGAAAUGUUAGCAGCAUAAACCUAAAUUUUAUUUAAACAUUACUGAUCAUUCUCACUGGUAUCCAGCAUAAAACUUCUGUGAAGCAGGAAUUAAAUUCCAAGGUGUCAGGUGAGGGUAUUCCAGUUAGAUUUUAGAUACUGAAAAAGAAAAGCCUAAUAUUUUCUUUUUGAUUAAAAGCCUAGAAAGUCCCUCUAAGCAUGACAGCUUAAAAAAACUGUUGUUUCUGUCAAUUGCUCCCUGAGAGGAUUAAACUUCAGUUCCAGGAUAUUUGAUUCUUGAUAAGGAAACUGUUGACCUAAGAGACCAGCUUUAAAUAUAGUUCAUUUUGAGACCGCCCUACAUAGGCUAAUAGUCCCAAGAUUCACAGCAAUUGCCGGUGAUUAAAACUUUCCAUUAUUUGAUCAGACUUUCCUUAUUGUAAUUAAUUUCUGAGGCUUGACUGGGAUGACUGACUCCUGGUUCCAGCCAGGGUAGUGUGUUGCUUGUUGUUUGUUAGAUGACCUGCACCUCCCAUUGGUGAAAGAUUAGAAACAUUUAAGUAAUGUCCUAGUUUAGUCUGAGUAUCUUGGUAGCAGCAUUCCUGUCCUGUCAGGCUGCAUUAUUUAUAUUCAGAGAUCUCUUAACAACUCUGAUUAAGGAUAUAUUAAAACCUUUGGUUUUGGCGAGUGUACAGUGCUUUGCUUUGAGUUAAAAUGCCUUUAAUGUAUUACUUUUUUUCUUCUUUUGGUGUAUAUGUGCAUACAGUAGAUGGAAAUCUGGAAAUUUAGAGUAUGCGUUUAAUAAAUUCCAUUUUAAGAGCACCUCUUAUCUGACUGUACAAAAGCCAGUGUUAUUGGUGAGAGAGCUAAAGAGCAGUGCUUGUACCACAGGCAUAGGUGAGGAAAUGUGUUCUUCAGCACAGGAUGUGUAGACACAGCCGUGCACCCCAAAUGGCAUGGAUUUCUUAUAAACCUACUUUAAAAAAUUCCUUUCCCCUGUGUUUGCAUAUCUCCUUGAAGAGAGACCACCUCUGUUAAGACAGAAUGUUAUACCAGAAAGAAAAUAAACCAUUGCACAGGGCAGUCAAGAUUCCCCACUAAUCCUUGAACAGCAUAAGACAACACUUAGCAAAAUAAGUAUGCUUCUAGCACUGGUGGGAGUGCUGAGAAGGUAAUGCCUUCUGCACCUCUGUAGUCAGACAGUGAAUUCCUUUGACUGUCCUCUUUGAUCACCAGUGAGUUAUCUUUUAUUCCUGUUCGUGCUUCAUUUAUCAGUGACCGGACUUUGUGCUGAGCUCAAAAAUUCCUUAAACUGCUGUUUCAUUGUGAAGUAGUAUUUAAUAGUACCCCUUUAGCCACUGCUCUAGUAGGCAGAGACCUUAUUGCAUUUAGAGGUGUGCUGCACACGUUGUCAUUCAUACCAUUUGUGGAUGAAUGUGUCAAAGACUACAUUUGUUUUGUCACACACAGAAUAAGCUGGAUGUACCUGGCUUGCUAUCAGUCCUCUCAUCCAUCUCUAUCUUGGACAACUGAGAAUUCUAGUGCACUAAAUAUCUUUUAAACACCUGAAGAAUUACUUAGUUUAAAAAUCCAGCUUUCUGUUCUUUCUCAAAAAAAAAACCCCAAAACCAAACCUAGAAGCUGCUUUUAAUGAUGACUACAGCACUUAGCUGUAGUCUCUUAGUUUAAACUCUCUUAGUCAAUAAGACAAAGAAGAUCUGAUUUUAGGUAAACAUUGAGAGCAAAAAACUUCUGAAUGCUUGCAGACAUACACCCCAGUAACUACUUUCAGGUCCAGUCACCCAGUCAGAGUUUAAAGCUAUGGUGCUGUUAGCUAGGGAAACACUAUUUCAAGCAAACUAAAACAGAAAAAAUAAUUUCAUUGGUUCUUUUUUUUUUUUUUUUCUAAAAUUUGAGGCUAUGUCAGGAAAUUAAGAUAACUGAUGUUAAUAUGUGAAAAAUUUCAAAACAUGUACCAAAAAGCUUUGAGACAACAUAAUCUGUUUUAAAGCUGAACAUGAUAAAGGUUAUGUACAUAGCUGGUGCAGUUUUGGUACAGAAACUUCUGCUUUGCCUGCCACAAUUUUAUCACACCUACCUGAAUAUUUUUUAAGGCCAACCACUUGCAGCUAGAAAUAGUUCCGUAAUAAGCACAAGUAACAUUAAAAUGAUUGCAAGACUGGAGACGGGGGCUGUCUUUAUACUUUUAUACCCUUAUGAGCUGUAAUCAGGUGUUGUGAUUUUGGAGUCUCUGAAAAGUGUACUAUUUGUUAUUCCUUAAGGAAGCUCCAAAUUCACUGCUCUGACAGAAAUUUGUUAUAGGAAACAAGUGAAGUUGCAGGCAUUGGCUGGUGUAAUAUCUUUAUUUGGAUUUCUGCAUACCAAUAGAAUUACCUAACUUCAGGUUUGAAAAUCCAGCCCUUGCUGUUUACAACUUUUUUUUUUAAAAAAGCCGUCCUGGCAGUGAAUUGCAGAAAUAAAGUCAUAAAACUCUUUGGUGAAAUAAGGAAGCUUAUUUUCUUCUUAAUGGGGAGAUUCAUCAAUAACUGAGUCUGUCAGUGACUUGUUUUUUCCAAACAAUUUAAAACAGAAACAUGUUCUUCAACAGAGGCUGCAUGUUGGAGAUAGCGGGUAUCUUCAAAAUGACCAUCUCCCCCUGCACUGGUGGCACUGUGCCUUACCCAAAUGAGCAUGGCCAUGAGGGUCACUGCCAGCAAUUAGAAUUAAAUGUUAGGAAAGCCACUGGUGCAUUUUGACACAACUGAAUCAGAAGAUAAAUUAAAGGGAGAAGAGGCAAUACAGUGUGUGUACUUUACUGGUCCAGACCACUCUCCUGUGGUAUUGAUAAGAAACCUGAACCAUGGGAUCUGCUGGGGGAGGUUUUAUCUGUUGAAGUGGCUGGCUGGUGUAGCACAUUAUAUGUGAACAUCUAAAUGUCUUUUUGUAAUCUCACAGCAUUAUGAAUAAUUUUUUUAAUAACAAAUAGACACUUUGGAAGCAAAAUAGUCUCCUUUCAGGUUAAACUCCCUUAUCUCUUGCUGCGUGCUUUCUUUAAAAGACUUUCCAAUCUAAACAUUAGGGCUUAAAAUUUCUGUGCUGAAACACAAGUCUCAUUCUCAUGCUCCACAAAUGUAUUUUUUUUAAACUGGAGAAUGGAUACAUAUCAAGAGCUCAAGAACUUGAAAAUAUAUUUUGUGAUGCAUAAGCCUAGCAAAAUAUUUUAAACCAUUGAUACUGGAAGGAGGUUGUGCAGAAAUCCAAUUAAACUUAUGAAAUCCCUAUCCUGUUGAAGUAUAAUUUAAAGGAAAGCAGUUCUGUUUCCCAGAAGUGCUGUGUAUAAUAUUUCUGGCUUGGGAAGAAAGGGUUGGAGUGUGCUAUUUGGCUGGAAAUCGGUACCAGCUUCCUCCAUGGUGUUUUAGUUGAACAGUGUUGACAUUCUAACAAAUCCCGUGGAAGCUCCCCUGAAGUGGAGGAGUUAGUGUUUUCUUGCUUUUACAGUGAAAUAUCUGUUUGAUACCAUGAUCGUGUUCCAGUAACUGAGCUGUACUGCCCUCGUGUUUGAUGACCAGUGGCAUUCUUGGUUUAGCACCCUAUAGAAGCCCUAAAUUGCUGGAGGAAAACCAAAUACUUCUGAAACUUUACAGCUACUGUAUUUCGUACAAUCAUUAAAGUAAACAAAUCUUACAUUACUAUGUAGCCAACGAAAACAGUGGAUAAAGAGUUCAGUGUCCCUUGUUGUGUAUACCUGAUUUAUUUAAAAGUAAGUCUUCAACCCACAUUUCUCCAAUCUUUAAAGUGAGCACAGCAAAGAAGUAUGAUCACUUCAAAAAAUAUGUGAGACUCUUUUCCCCUUGCUUGCAGGAACUUAAAACCAAAUUCUUACUUCUGCUAAAUGACAAAAAGCCUGUCUAUAGGUUGAGAGAGAGAAAACACUACCAGUUAGUUGUUCUUCUGCUUGCUCUAAAGGAGUGAAAAUUAAUCUCCACCUACUUUUUUUUACCCCCCUUCUUCCUUGCCCAAAAGGAAAACAUUUGAAAUUGAUUCAGUUCUUAAAUAAAACUUUCCAGCGGAAACUAGCAUUACAAACAUAGAUAUUCAGUAUUUUACCCCUAGGAUUUAUUCAAAAUAAUCUGAUCCUCUACA